UAGGGUCAGGGAUAAUUAGGUGAAACAUUAUUGCGAAGUCUAAACGUUACCAGUAAUAGGUUAGUUGUCGGACGUAGGUAGGCCCCAAUACUUUUUUUUAGAUUAGCCUAUUAUUAUUUAAGACACGUGUGCAUGUGCACGCUUACAAAACACCUUACGCAAAACACGAGGUUACGCAAACGGCUCAAAAAAGCGUCAACAGUUUAAACACCACAUCAAUAUCAUUAUUUUGAUUCAUCGUCCCGCAAAUGUAACUUUCAAUGUGCCUACGUCGAUCAUAUUUUUUGUUACACUAUCCAAGGACUCUUAUUCUGAAUGUACUGUCAGAUUUCAUAACGUAAGACUCUAGGCUUCAGAUGGCAUUACGCGCAGCACGCAAUUAAGUUUGGCUACCGAAACGCCUUGUUCCAUCAAGGCUGGUUUUGCACUGAGAUUCUGAAAAUGAAGCCGUUUUUCGCGGCUACCUUGUUAUUGUCAGUGGCAGCUGCGUACUAUGUUUACCUUCCAUUGCCUAAUACUAUAUGUGAGCCAUGGAAACUAAUGAUUCUGGAUGCUGUUUUCCGGAGUUUCAUGCAUAUGGGGGACUUGGCUCAUGACCUUGGCCUCAGCCACCACAUCCAUGUCAUCAAUUACUUUGUGACCAAAGUGGAGGUGAAGGGUCCUCAGUCCAGUAACACGGUACGGGUGACCGACACCUCCUUUGCUGGUGUGCCAGCUCGUGUGUUUGAACCAACCACACAAGUGAAGGAGCACCAUCUGAAGAGGGGUGUUGUGUACUUUCAUGGAGGUGGAUGGGCCAUGGGUAGUGGACGAAUGCGGUCGUAUGACUUGCUGUGCAGGAACAUCGCAGAAGAACUGGAUGCAGUCAUUGUAUCUGUUGACUACUGCCUGGCCCCAGAAGCCCACUUCCCCCAGCAGUACCAUGAUGCUCUAAAGGCUGCUACUUUCUUCCUGAGGCCCGAAGUUCUGGUGCAGUACUCCGUGGACCCAAAGAGGGUGGCCAUUUCAGGUGACAGUGCUGGGGGGAACCUGGCUGCUGCUGUGGUCCAACAGAUGGCAGCUGAUAACAGAACCUCCACCAAGUUCAAGGUGCAGGCCCUGAUCUACCCUGUGCUCCAAGCACUGGACUUUAACACACCUUCCUAUCAGCAGAAUGGAAACAUCCCCAUCUUGUAUCGCCCUGUCAUGGCCCGCUUCUGGCUGGAGUAUCUCAACGGCAGCUACAGCCUGGUCCCUCUCCUGCUGGCCAACAACCACACCGCCCUGGACCUGACCAAGGUACCGGAGACCGUCAGGGCACGGGUGGACUGGAUGCAUCUGCUCCAGCCGGCUUUCCGGAAGGACUACCGACGAGUAUCCCCUGCCCACGGCAGCGCACAAGUGGUGGAGGAGCUGCCAGCUCUGCUGGACGUCAGGGCCGCUCCGCUGCUGGCGGAGGACGAGGUCCUGAGGGCGGUGCCACCCGCCUACAUCAUGACGUGUGAGCACGACGUGCUGCGUGACGACGGGUUGAUGUAUGCGCAACGACUGGAGGAGGCAGGCGUCGCGGUCACCAGGGACCACUAUGAGGACGGCUUCCACGGAUGCAUGGUGUUCUCUUCCUGGCCUGCCAAGUUCUCAGUGGGAACGCGCAGCAUGUGGAACUACAUCCAGUGGUUGAAGGAAAAUCUCUAAGUGACCAGAGAAUGUAGAUGAGAGAAAGGAGGAUGUGAUUAACCAAAUGAUUAGACUGAUAAAAAGUACAUUGUGUCAUUACAUGUCAUACUAACUCAAAAUUGACCCUCUGUGACACAGCAAGCUUGCAUCCACUACUUGUUUCCACUUGUGCAAGCUUGUAUCCACUACUUGUAACCUUGUAACUUUUUGAAUGAGGUUUAAAGCACAGGUAAGCUUGUAACCUUUUGAAUAAGGUUUGGUUUAAAACCUAAUGUCACAUUUUAAUAUCUUGAGAUUAAUUUAUUUAUUAGUGCAAUAUAUCAAUGCAAUUCAUCAUUUUAGGCACUGGGUGGCUUGUUUUAUGAUUUGUGAUUUGUGAACUGUUGGAACAAGCCAGACCAUUUAUUUGGCAUGUGCUCUUUACUUUAUUUUAAUACUGCUAAACGCACAAAGCACAAGGCCAAAUAUGAUAUAUUGCAAAGCUUUUAUCAGAAUUUAUGUCUCUGGGACCACCGCAGCAGUAUAUCAUCACCAAAUAACUACUGUCAUUGUACAAUAAUGUGAAAAGUAGGCGAUGACAGUACUCUGUAAACAAUGAAGACAGGGAUUUGGAGUGAAUGUUGCUGUAUCUAUGUACCAGAUAAAUCCUACUGUACUUGAAUGAUGUAUAUGGAAUAACCACUAUGAAAGAAACAAUCACUUGAUAUUAUAUGUUAUUAUCUCUUUAGAUUAAGAAGAAGAAUUGUAAUAUGCUUGACACUGGAUAAUGCCAAAAUGGGCACCUGAGUCUGAACAAAACGAUUUUUCAACAUUUAUUCUAUAUUUUUCUAUGGAUAAACUGAAAAUUUUACUAAUAUCUAAUAUAUGGUUUAGGUCUAUGUUCUGUUUUUGUUUUCUCUGCUCGUGUUGAAUUGUCAAUCCAAUUAUGUAAUGAUCUGACAUAACCUUAUAGUAAACCCCUUUGCUUUACUAUUAUCUGCUAAUAUUAGUCCAACAAAAAGACCAGUUCAUUAAGGGAUCAAUUUAGGAACAUGCUUCAGUCUGCUGCGUGACAACAUACGUAAGCUGGAGCUCUAUCUGGGGGGUUAGUAUGAACCAGAGGAGGAGAGGAGAGGCCCACUGGUGGAGAUAAACGCUAAGGAAUGCACUCAGUGCAGUAACGCUGGCCUGCACCAGAGAGACCUCUGGCGAAAGCAUGUGAUUCACUCGGCAGCACUCUGUAUUUAUGUAUAAUGGUGGAGAGACAGCCACAAUGCAGCGUGGGUCUUUAUCUUAGCUCUUAGUCAAACACUACGUCUGGGGAGUGUGCUUUUAAUAGCACUGAGGAGGAGAUGGUUCAGCAACUUCAGGGGUUUUGAUUUGUUCUCAUUUUGCUUCAUCCUUUUUUUUCUGGCAAGACUUUGUGGUUGUUGUUUUUUUUUUUCAUUUUCUUGGUUUUGAAGUUUUCCACUGGUAUGGACUAUUCCCACAUUUUUAAACCAAAUGUUUCUGGACCAAAACAUGUGUUAUUAUGAGCCAUAAGUUCUCAGACUUCCAUGACUUGUUUUCUCUGUUGUUCUUACACUGAAUGUAACUGUUGCGUUUUAAGUUGAUUAUUCCAUUUCACUUGAAUGUUUCAUGUCAUUAAAUGUCUUUACUGUGUGUUACCCUGCAACCACUAAAUUUGAAUUUCAUGAAA